CCUCUCAUUCUUAUUCUCUCCAAACCAGAUACAUAACAUACUUCAUACUCAAAGAAAGAAACAGAAGAAAAAUGUCUGCAAAUUUUUAGAGUUAGAACCAAACUCUAAAAAUCAAUCAAUCGACCACUACCCAAUGAAAGCAAUAAUAUUAUCAGCUUCUGCAACAGCAAGAACCACCAUUUUCCACUAUGAUGUACAAUUUGGAAGGUUCUGUACUAACAAGCACAAAGGUCGCUGCUUUCUCUCUGUACAUUCUUCGUCACCAUCAAAACUGAGUCCUAAACAAAACCACAAAGUUAAGCUUGUGUUCUUAACCAAAGCUGCUGAUUCGAGUCGGGCUGCUUCUUCUACUACUGGUUCCAAAACGAUUGUUACUGAUGAUGAGUUCUCUCUUGCUAAGGUCUCAUUUGGUGUCAUUGGACUGGGUUUAGGGAUUUCGCUCCUGUCGUACGGUUUUGGGGCAUAUUUCAACAUCCUUCCUGGAUCUGAAUGGUCAGCAAUAAUGCUAACAUAUGGCUUUCCUCUUGCAAUAAUUGGUAUGGCUCUCAAGUAUGCAGAACUGAAGCCAGUGUCAUGCUUGACUUAUUCAGAUGCUGAGAUUUUAAGAGAAAAAUGUGCCACUCCAAUCCUUAAACAGGUCAGGAAUGAUGUUAUAAGAUAUCGUUAUGGAGAUGAGCAGCAUUUGGAUGAGGCAUUGAAACGAAUUUUCCAGUAUGGUCUGGGUGGAGGAAUUCCAAGGCGGAAUGCACCUAUUCUGCAGAUGAUUCGUGAAGAAGUCACAGAGGAUGGUAAAUACUGUCUUGUCCUGAUCUUCGAGGCAAAAUCUUUGCAGUUAUCGGACUUUGAAAAAAGACAGGGAAAAUUUACUUCAUUCUUUGGACCAGAUAUCACAGCUGAGAUCGGGAUAGGGGAAAACAACCUAUACGAAGUUCGACUUAUUUCCAACUUAAAUGCCGAUGCAUCACCUUCAUGAAGUGCUUCAUGGUAUCAUCUAGCUCUGCUAUCUGUUUGGUCUUUUCUUCAUUUACAUAUGCUCCCUCGUGAAAAAUUUGUAUAAAGAUGUUUAGCUUUAGUUUAUCACCUUUUUUUGUGAGUGUGCGUGAGGUGUAAAAUCUUGGAGAAACUUAUGCAUGCUACAUAUAAUCCCAAUGGAAAGCCGGAGAAGUAAUUUGAUUA